GAUAGGGACAAGAUAGAUUGAAUAUUAAUUUAAAGUUAAAACUGUAGGUACGAAAUGAGGAUGUCACUAGCUUUCUUUGCUCUUUCAUUCGCCAUUGCUUACAAUGAAUUUCAAGAGGUACUGUCACUUUCUCGUGUCACUCCGUUUGAAGGGAUAUCUUCUCUAGGAGGAAACUUGUGCCCAGUGAACUACGUUGUCUUCGAGCUAGAGGAAAGUUUGAGUGGCAUACACUGCGCCCGGGUUUGUCACUCCUACCCCACAUGUCUUGGAGUGUUUUAUCAGCCGGAAACACUAACAUGUUUCGGAUGUUCGACUGACAACAAGGCUGAUUUCCUGUCUACGUCAACAUCACCAUCCCUGUAUUUUAGACGAGCUGGUACAAGAACAUGUUCAAAGUUUUCGUGCUACCUGCUUGUUCAGACUGUUCAGAUUUGGAACGCUGCAAAGGAGCACUGUGCGUUGCUGGGAGGAUUCUUAGCUGACAUAAAAUCGCAAGAAGAACAGGAGUUCCUAAGCAAAACUCUGUUGAAUAACAGCGACGUUCCUGACAACAUUUGGAUUGGUGGUAGGAACCGGGAAGGAGGAGACGUGUUUUUCUGGCUAGAUGGUACAUCGAUAGGCUAUGAGAAUUGGUAUCCCGGUGAAGGAUCGGGGAAAAAAUGCAUGAUGAUAUGGGAUCACAAAUGGCAUGAUAGGGUUUGCAAUCAUCAGGCAUCAAGUAUUUGUGAAUUCGAAUAAACAACCCAUAUAUUAUAAUUAUGGAAGUUUGCGAAGCUUUUCCAACUACAAUGAUAACAUUUAUAUUCAACUUUAAAACGUGAAACUCAUGAAUUCAUAUUCCCACGAAAUAGUUAUUUUGAUGACAUUCCUGGCUUAUGCGGUAUGCAUUAGGCAAAGUCGAUAGUGACACGGAAACAUUCAAUGUAUUCUUGCAAAAUGGUAGUACUAAUGAAAUCCUCAGUAGUCAUCCUUUAUUUAGUAUUGGUCUGUACUGUAAAAAUAUUAUUUGAACAUUGGUUCCUUAUGUUAAACUUUUAUUUCUUAUGUGCUAAAUUUCAGAAUAACAAAUGGCCACUAAUGUAAAAGAAUUUCAAAAGGAUUAUUUGCCCGUGUUGUAAUAAUUUCGGAAUGACUAUUGACCCAUAAUGUAAACAAUUCUAAAAUUAACUAUUGACCAUAAUGUAUAAAAAUUCUAAUUGAUUACUCGUCCGUUAUGUAAAAAAUCUCAGACUAGAUUAAUGCUGAAUUAUCUCAAAAAUUAAUUAGUUUUUGCUCUGUACUUUUAAAAUAUCAGAUUGACAGUUGUUCCGUAAUGGAAAUAAAUUGCAGAAUAAGUUUUAGUACCUAAUGCAAAAAUAAUGUCAGGUUGUGAAGAAAAUAUACUGUUAAUUUAAAGUUAUAAUCCUUGUCAGAUUAGAUUCCGUAACGAAUGUAAUAUUAGGAAGAUCAUUUUUACUACAGCAAUAUAUAUAUCUGUUAGAGACCCGUGGGUCGUUAAAUAUUUUAUGAUUUUAUAUCCAUUCGUAUCUCAACAAUAUUUGGCCAUUCAAGUCAGACUAACGGGCGAAUGUGUACAUUAGACUGUUUCCUACAAAUCUACAAAGUUAUUUGUUUCCUUUUACGUUGAUUUUGAACAGGAUUAUAUCUUUAAAUAUCAGAUUGACAGUAGGUCCGUAAUGGAAAAAUAAAGAUUGAUCUCUGGAAGAUUCACUUGAAGUACCUACUGCAAAAAAAAUGUCAGGCUGUAAAGAAAAUUUACUGUUAAGUUAUUAUUUUGUCUCCACUACAGCUUAAAAGAUAUUCAAAGUCUAUUUGAUGGAGAUGACGAAAACGAAAAACUCAUACAUUUAUUUUGAUAAAUUUAUUUUCUCGCGGUAAAAAGUGUGUUUGUUUUUGCACUGUUGUUGUUGUUUCCUUUCAAUUGUAUUUGAAUGGUUUUACAUGAUUUACCAAACUCAUUAUUUAUAAUUGUCCCUUACGUAAAGUUAUCUUCCAAAUGCUGAUUCGUAUCGUAUUUGCAACAUUCAACCGUACAAUAUCUGAUAUUGAAGACUAAUGUUGAUGUAUUGGAUACAAACAAAUAAUAUCAUUUGGAUAGUUCAACUACCGUAUUAAGUAAUGAAAGCCGCUGACCGAGGACUUUUUUCCUCACGAAAUUCAAUAUGAAUUCUUUACCAAUUGUUUCCGUUAUCUGGAUAUACAAAUGUACAAGUCUGACCAACCUGGACUGUUUCUUUGUUUUUAUUAAGAAAUGUAAGCAAAACGGAAAACAUUUUGACUCUAACCAAAUUGAAAAUCAUAUUUCGUCUGUGUUUUUUUUUCCCAACUGAUUGCACGGUCAAAUAUUCUAUUCUGCAAAGCGAACCAGCAAAUUACCAUGGUAGUUUGGUCACAUUUCAUAUAUCUUCGUAAUAAAAUACAUGAUUUAUGCUUUCAAAUAACCUGUCAAUGACGUAUUUGCGUGUAAAUGUUGUGAAAUUGUACCAUAAAAUAUCUCCACCCGAUUUAUGCAGAGAUGUAGUGAGUAUUGGGUUAAUGUCCUUAGAAACUAAAUUGAAAAAAGUUUAUAGGGCGAUUCUUUUCCGAGCUGUACAUGUUUUCGAUAGCGAGAUGGAUAAUCCUAAUAUCAAAAUGACAUUAACAUUAUAAUCUAAAUAUUCUGCCUUUUUUAGAAAAAAAGCUAAAUAGUUCUUCAGCCUACUUUAACUUGCAACUUAAACUGGCAUUAUCUGUUUUGUUUUUCUUUUUUUUUUUGGUAUUGUUUUGAUUUUUCAUAUUUAAUUGUUUCUGAGUGCUUGUUUGUUCACAAGUUGCAUGUAAUCAUUAAUAAAAGCAAAUGGAUAGAGCUACAGGUUAUUUCAAAAUUAAAACUCAGCCAUUCUCUUAUUAACCUGUUACGCACCUGCAUUUAGAUAGCAGAUGAACGUAUUAUUCCACCAACUGAACAUGCGCUGUUUAACGCACAAGAAAAUAAAAGACAAACAGCUUAUAGAAAUCUAUAUUUCAUGUUUUUUUUGUACUUUGAUAGAGUGUGAUGAAUUUUCUAUUUAAACUAUUUAUUCUUGGACGAUUAUUCUGGAGUAUCUUCAGAAAAUAUCUAUGAAAUUAUUUUAAAAAUGGGCAAGCGGUUGCUGAAAGUUUCUACUAUAAUUCAUAUAGAGAAAAAGGACAACGCGGUAGUUUAGGCGAUAAUAUUUUUGAUAUAGAUGAUUCAUUUUAACACGCUUGGGAGAGGAACAUCCUGUUUAUUUUUCAAAUCAAACCAACAGCUUUUAUAAAGAAGGUAUUUUUCACUUGCCACUGUGUAUAAAUAAUCUGAACACUCUUGCUUGUUGGUCACCAAAUAGAUAAUUCUGUGAAAUUAUUUCACAAGGAGAUGUCCUUUGAAGAUUUUUGAAUAUGUUUUGAAGUGAUAGCUUGUACUUUCAGAAUACUUUUUAUUGUUAAAAUACCUAUAAAAUGUAUUAUUUUCUUAAGCUUUGAAGCUAAUUGUCCACUAUUUAAUAAGCUGAAAACUGGAAUAUAUUCCUUUACUUGAAGGAAUGGUGUUUUACAAAAUCAUGUACACAAGUAGAGUGAUUGUUUUAUUAAAUUAUAAUAUAAAAAAAGUCUUAUUUGAUUUACUCCUUUUGAAUGGAACAGAACAGAGCAGAACAGAAAAGUAUUUUAUUUAGUAAUUUGAGAAUUCAACAACUAUGUAAAUACAGUUCAAUAAAUAAAGAACAGUUCAUCGCGAUAUCAUUGUAAUAUUACAUAGAAUUAUUUUACAUAAAGGGAGAUCGAAACUGAAUAUGUGAAGAUGGUUUGUAAAAGGUAUUAUUUAGAACAGAAAAGGAGAGUAAGACAGAAACAAAGACAGAGACACAGAGGUGGAGGUUUUGUAUAUUUGGCUUAAUAUUAGCGAUGCAAAUCAUAGACACAGGUAUAAGUAAGUCCUCUACUUCAUCAAGGAUCACCAGCAAGCACGUCACCAUCCAAAAAAAAAAUAAAAA